AUGACUAGCUCCUGGAACAUCCUCGAUGAGAUCGAGAUCUUGCUGGCCGACGAGCCAGCACCGAAGCCAACGCCAAAGCCUGCUCCGAAGCCGUCACCACCGGCACGCGUGAUCCCCAAGGUGGGGACCACGAUCCAGCGAUCCGACCAGCAGCAGCAGAGGAAGGCUGCCUUCUUGGCCUCGCCACCGCCACCACCACCCAAGGGGCGGAAACGAGGGCCACCGGACCCCGCGCGUACCAUCACGCACACGGCGCCGCAGGAACGUAGGCCGACCAGACCGGCGGCCAUGCCGACCACCGCACCGCCGGGACCAGCCGCUACCAGCAGACGGCCAUCAUGGGCCGUUGAAACUCGGCCGUCAACGGCCGCCGCCGCACCGCCGACAUCACCAGCCGCCGCACGACGGCCGCUACCAGCCGCUGCACGGCCGCCACCAGCCGUAGCACGGCCGCCACCAGCAGCUACCAGGCCACCGCCAGCAGCUACCAGGCCACCGCCAGCAGCUACCAGGCCACCACCAGCCGCCGCACCACCUGCGCCACCAGCAGGAAGGGCACCGGAUCCGCCACCUUUUAUGGUGGAAUUCGCGCCAAAGGAAUUCGCGGCGAUUCCUUACUGGUCCGUUGUAGUCUCGCGUGGCUACAAGUUGCGAACAGCGGACGGACGGCGCUACAAGCUCCGCUUCUCGCGAGAUGGGCGGCUUAUCAAGAGCCGUCCACAGCCGCCGCAGGCACCCACCCCCGAAAACCGGGGGGUGAUGUAA